AUGAGCAGAAAUCGGUUUGAAAUCUUAAUGCAAAUGCUUCAUUUCUCAGAUAAUACAACUGCUGAUACAACAAAUCGCUUGUAUAAACUUGGCUCAGUAAUUGAUGAUAUAAUAAUUAAUUCUAACCACUGCAUGCAACCGCAAGAAGAUUUAUGUAUAGACGAAUCACUCGUAAAAUUUAUGGGUAGGCUUGCAUUUAAGCAAUAUAUUAAAAACAAACGUGAUAGAUUUGGUGUAAAAGAGUUCAAGCUGUGUAUUCCUCCAUGUUACACAAUUGCUUUAAAAAUAUAUGCUGGUAAAGAGGCUAGCGCUGAAAGUAGUGUUGGGACAAAAAUUGUGAUGGAAUUAGGAGAACCUUUUUUGGUUUGUGGAAGGACCUUAUAUGUAGAUAACUGGUAUUCUAGUGUUGAGUUAGCUGAACAGUUAAAAACCAGACAAACUCAUCUUGUAGGAACUAUUAGAUCGAAUAGAAAGUCUAAUCCUAAAGAUGUAGUCCAAAAAAAGUUAAAAAAAGGAGAGAUAGUAUCAAAGAGAAGUGACACCAAUGUUUUGAUUUUAAAAUGGAAAGAUAAAAGGGAUUUGUAUAUGAUAUCCACAAAACAUACUAGUGAAGUUGUAGAAAAUGUUGUAAGAGGUAAAAUUGUUAAAAAACCUAAAGUAGUAAUAGACUACAAUACAGGAAAAACGCCCAUUGAUCUUUCUGAUCAAAUGUGUUCCUAUUCGAACCCUCUUAGGCGAAGCACUAAGUGGUAUAGAAAGGUAGCUCUAGAUGCGCUUUUAAACAUAGCUGUUGUUAAUUCUAUGGUAUUAUUCAACAGAAUUACUUCAUCAAAAAUGUCAGUCACAGGAUUCCGUACUUCACUUGUCGAACAAUUAAUUAAAAAAGAAACUGUUGAUGUUGACAACUCUUUGCAAACAAUAAAACACCAAUUAGAAGUCGUUGGCAAAAGCAGGUGUUAUAUGUGCUAUUCAAUUAUGUCACAGAGUAAAGGAAGAAAUCAUGCUCAAUCACAUAGUACAAAAGUACAAACUAAAUGUUUAGCGUGCAACAAAUAUUAUUGUUUGAAGUGUUUUUUCAAAAAUCAUAAAAUCACCAAGUAAUUGACAGAAAAACAAUACAAAAGGAUUAUGAAUUUUUCUGUUAUUUUUUAUUAUGUUUUAAAAU